GGAAGAGGACGCGUCGUGAUGCUAGCCAAUCCUCGCGCAGGUGGGCGGGGCUUGUCGGAAUACGGGUGUGGAUGAUCAGAACGUGUCCGCAUGUCCGUCUGCAGUGUUUACUUACAGCUUCAGGUGAGGGCAGUUUAUUAUUCUGUGUUGUGUAGCGCUGUUUGAAUGGAGUUGUGUGGACAUGUCUGGACUUGUCCUCGGAUUAUAAAUCGAGGUAAAUAGAAUUGGGUUGGAUGUUAGCACGUGCGCAGUGUCAGCUGUAGGAAUAACACAGGAAGGAGCUGCUGCUCAGGAGUUGUGUUUUAGUUUAGAGUUUAGAAAUCCAGCAUGGAGGUGGAGAGAGAUUUCAUUAACACUCCUCCACCCAAAACUGUGCGGUUUGGGGACAGUGUUGCCAACACUCUGGCCAAAGUCAAGCAGGGAGACACAAGUGACUAUGAGAUGAUAAAGCAUCAACUUUCAGACCCUGAUAUUAAGGACGCUCAGAUCAUCAGCUGGCUGCAGGAGUUCAGGUCGUGCGUCACGCAACUCGGCAAAGAACACGAACAGCUGAUCUACAUGGUUCUGAGGCUGCCGUGGCUCGGGCGGAGUGCUGCCGUGGUGGACGAAUACCUGGCGUUCCUCAGCAACCUCAUCUCAGCUCAGACCGUGUACCUGAGGUCGUGUCUCAAAACGCUCGUCUCUAAUUUCACCCCCAGAAGAGUGAAAAUCCGGGAAGGGAACGUGGACAUAUCGGAUUCGGACGAUGACGAUGAGAACCUGCCCAGGAUAUUCGAUCACUGUCAUCAAGCCUUACAGAUGAUCGCAAGAUACGUUCCAUCUACCAGCCGGUUUCUGAUGCCAAUCCUCAGUGAUAACUUCCCUUUUGUACAGAAAUCAUCCAGAACGCUGGAAUGUUACGUUCACAACCUGCUUCGGAUCACGGUCUAUAUUCCGGCUCUGAGACGGGACGUGUUGGAGCUCAUCAUCAGCAAGAUGCUCACUCUGGAUGUGAGCGCCCCCCGCAGUGAGAUCGAGGAGGUGGAGAGUUUGAGAGAGCAGAAUCACGCCGCAGGGGCUCAGGACGACUUCCUGUUCAACAUGGAUGAGGAUGAGAGCUCUCCGCAUGAUGGCGGUCUGCUGAUGUUUCACUCUGUAGCUGAGAGACUGGACACGCUGAUGUUAGUGCUGCUGAGCUUCAUUAAAGACAUGAGCCACGUUAAUGGUGUGUUGGAUGUCGAGAGAGUCAAAGCUCUGUACAGAGAUCUGGUGUGUGUGUUUGAUAAGCUGGUGCUGCCCACACACGCUUCCUGUCACGUGCAGUUCUGCAUGUUUUACCUGUGCAGCUUCCGCCUGGGUUUAGCUGAAGCCUUCCUGGAUCACCUGUGGAAGGUGCUACAGAGCCCGUCUCAGCCCGCUGUCCUCCGCCAGGCCGCCGCCGCCUACAUGGGCAGCUUCCUCGCCAGAGCCAAGUUCAUUCCCAUAGCGACGGUGAGGGCAUGUCUGGACCUGCUGGUUCCUUGGCUUCAUCUUUACAUAGACAGCCAAGAUUCGGGUUCUAAAGCGUUCUGUGACGUUUCUCUGCACGGGCCGUUCUACGCUUCGUGCCAGGCCGUGUUUUACACACUCAUCUUCAGACACAGAGCCAUCCUGGAGGGCAACAUGAAGAAAGGCUUGGCCUAUUUACAGAGUUUGAAUCUGGAGCGGAUCGUCAUGAGUCAGCUGAACCCGCUGAAAGUGUGUUUGCCAGCCGUCACCAACAUGUUCGCCGCCAUCAUGAGGAAAUAUCAGCUGGUGUUCUGCUACACGAUCAUCGAGCGAAACAACCGCUGCAUGUUGCCUGUAGUGAGGAGCUCAGUGGGCGGAGACUCUCUCUCCACCAAUACCAAUCCUCUGGACACAUUUUUCCCCUUUGAUCCGUACCUACUAAAGAGAUCUGGACAUUAUUUUGAAUCGAUCUAUCAGGUGUGGGAAGAGCCGAGCGACUGCAUGGCAGCUCCGAAGAAGGAAGUCACAAAAAGUUCUACAGAAGAAGAGGACGACUUCCUCCAUGGUGAAACUCCUCAGGCUGACAUGGUGAUGGGGUCGUACGAGUCGCACCUCCGCAGCCCCAGCAGUGUGGGCUCUCCUCCCAUUGCCUUCCUCCAACGACCCUUCUGAUACACACACACACACACACACACACACACACACACAGACUGACAGACUGAGAUGAUCUGCUUUCUUCAGACCCCCAUGAAGGGAAUCUUCUGUAGCACUCUCCUUCUUUACACACAACCUCACAAUACAGAUCCUUCAAGAGGACUUGGGAGGAAUUUCUAUACAAUUUAUAACUUACUAAUCAAGAGGUUGGAUGACACAGGAAUCAAGAAGUGUAAAUGACGAGAUUUAAUAUUUAAAAAAGCACAAAUCUUGUCCGAGUGCUGAAUUGUGUUGCUUGCCUGAUAGGAUUUCUGAGAGGGUUUUUUUUCCCCCAAUUCAAAUGCAUUUAAAUGUUCAAAAUUUUCAGUGCUAACAAUAGCCAGCUGGCUAACUUUAUCUAACCUGACUGGAAUUCGGAGAGGAUUUUUAAAAAUUAACAUUCACUGCCAUAUUCACUGUCCAUGACCUUAACAGCUAAUGUUAGCUAGCUAGUUAACAGGAGCUAAUCUGAUGCUCAACUGUUCAGCUAGCUCUCACAAGCUAACCUGAAAGGAUUUCUGAGUGGAUUUUUCCAUUCACAUUCAUAAAUGUGCAUAAUGUUCAAGAAUACUGAUGGCAAGGUAGCUAACAAGCUAACCUGACAGGAAUUCUCAGGUUAUACAAAAAUGUUAAACUGUAUAUGCAAUCCUUAUGUUGCUCUGCUAACUCACGUUAGCUAACUUGACAUGUUUUCUAAGAGGUUUUAUGAAUUUCCAUAACAUUCACUGUUUGCCGUGUUCAAAAUUUUAACAGCUAAUGCUAUUUAAGUGGCUAACAGGACCUAACCUGACAGGAUUUCUGAGAGAAUUUUUUCAAAUCCGUACAUUUUCAUAAUCUUCAGGGCUGGUGAAAGCAUUUAUAUUCAUAAAUGUUAUUAAUCCCCACAGCAUCAGUGCUGGUCAGCUAGCUCACAUGAGCUAACCUGCUAGGAUUUCUGACAGGAUUUUUAAAUCAUAUUUAUAAAUGUUUCUAACAUUCACUGUUUGCCAUAUUUGGUGUUCAUAAUAUUGCUAGUUAGCUGGCUAAGUACGUGAGCUAAUCUGACAUGAUUUAUGACAGAAUUUUGAAGUUAUAUUUAUAAAAGUUAAUAAUCCUCACAGCUAGUGCUAGUCAGCAAACAUGGAAGGUUCAUGUACACACUGCUAGGUUGCUCUGUUUCUGUAUCUUUGUGCAUCUCCAUCUUUCUUCAGGCUUUUUUUUUUUAUAUUGUAAUGAGGUAAAAUACAGAAAGAUCUCAUCUAUAGCACCUAGUGGUGUGUACUCGAACUGUUAGUUAAUAAAACUUUAAAUUGACAUUUGAGUCCAGUGAGGCAAGUAGUUUUGGUCAUCUUUGUAAUAUAUUUUUAUUAUUUAUUAUAUGUAUAGGUCUAUUUUAAAAAGACAAACUUUUCCUGCGUAAGUCAUGCUCAGAUUCAACUAGCAUUAUUGUUAAGAGGAAUUAUUAUUUUUUUUUUUUACUACAUUAUAAUGCUACUUGCUUCAUUUCAUUCAGUAAAGAUUAUCAAGUAAAGAUUCGGCUAAAUGCUAGGAGAAAACAUGUAAAAAAAAAAGAAAUACCCUGCUUAUUAAUAUUAUGGACUUUUGUUUAAUUAAACCCAUUGGUAUAACUCAGAUCUGGAUGUUUUCAGUUAUUUAAAGGGAUACAGGAAACUGUAAAUGUGCUCACUGAAAUGGAAUAAAAAAAAAGAUUGUGCCAGAAUUA